CCACGGCCCUAGCCCACAGCAGCACUGCUCAGAUUCUUCUUGCUUUGGGACUUGGAAAUUACUGUGAUUCCAGAUGACAAAAUCGGGAAUUUAAAACCAUCAGAUCGCUACAAAGAGGCCACGCUUUUCCUUCCUGCGUCCAUGUGAUCGUUUUGUGAAGUGACGCGUGUACGUUCCACCAUCGACGAGCCGUCUCUGGCGAAAUCCUGGUCACGGGGCAGUGCGUCUCCCCCACAAUAAAAGGCAGCCUCUCAUUUCCUGUCUCGGCCUCUCUCUCUCUCUGCGUCAAGAAGAAAAAAUACUAUUCUUCUUCUUUACGUUUUCUCGUUUUUUGUGUUCGUGUGUUCGUGUGUCCGUUUCUUUUCAUAAACCCUAGAAUUUUCAGUUCGAAUCCUGUACUUGGUCUGAAUUAAUCAAACUGUGAGUGAACAUCUUCUGCAGAUCUCAGACGCUUUGGGACUCGACCAGGUAGAUUAAUGAGGUUUUGUCUGGGUUCUGGGGUCUCGUGGUUCAUGGAAAUUGAUGAUUUUGAUAUCUGCUGAGGUUUGCGGAGGUGAAUUCGAGUCCGAGGUGCUGAAAAGGAAGGUGUUUUCUGGUAAAAUUUCAGUUUCUAGAGGGGUUUUGUUGUUUCAGUUAGAGGUCCCGGUCUCAUGAGAAUUGUUAGGGGGAUGCAGAGAUCGAUUCGGGAGGAGCAACAGGCACUGCUGGGCUGGAAAAAAUCCUUCAGCCAAGGAAUUGGCGUCACCGUGCCAAAGGCAAGGACGCGUGAUAAACUGCACAGUAGGAAUUUGGGGCUCUAAGUUCCGGAGCGAGACAGGGCAGCGAGGGUGGCUUUGAUAAUUAAACUUAAAGGAGAAAUAUGACUCGUAUAUUGGUUCAGCGAGGUUCCGGUGGUUCUUCAUCGAACCCAAGCCGCUCUUCAUUGCCUGGUUCUUCUUCGGCUCCAACUCAGCAGCAGUUCGCACCUCAGCUUCCUUCUGCAUUGAAGGAAGAGGAACACGAGGAGGUGGUACAAGACCCAGGAGGUUCAGAUGAUUUUCUGGAGCAUUGUGGUAGUGGAGAUGAUAAUAGGACGAUAAAAAAUGAUGAAAUUCUGCCUGAGAACGUUCGGGUUGUUCAAAACGAAAACGUGUCUGAUGAACUUGUUGAAGAGAAAAACAGUAAUGAAGACGCUGUGGAUUUCGGUGCCGUGGUAAAUGAGUUGAAUGGGCUGCAGAUUACAGAAAAGCCUGAUUUGGAUGAUAAUGAAGGCUCAAGUGGUGGUUCCUUGCAGAUUGUUGCUGGUGGUACAUAUCCUCCUCCCCCUCCGGUUCCGCCUCCAAAACCCUCAGUAGCAAACUCAGCUCCCAGGAGAACUGUUUCAGGGGGUUCAAAUACUGUGCGAAUCGGUUCUUCUAGAAGAGCAGUGGCUUGGCCUGUUGUUUCGACUCGGACCUCACCAUCAGAUUCUCGGCCUUCUUCUCCCAGGUCUUACGGUGAAGGGGAAGGCUACAAUAGUGCAGAUGAGCAGAACCCAUCUUUUGGAUCCUCCUAUGGUGAUGCAGAAAGAGAACGCCAGUUUGAGAUUGAUAUUCGACGGGCCAAGGGUUUAGAAGUUAAACGAAUGAUGGAAGAUGGAAAUUGCCUUUUUCGUGCUGUUGCAGAUCAAGUAUAUGGGGACACUGAAGCUUAUGAUUUGACUAGGCAAAUGUGCAUUGAUUAUAUGGAGAGGGAGAGGGAUCACUUCUCUCAAUUUGUAACAGAAGGUUUCACAUCUUACUGUAAGAGGAAGAGGAGGGACAAGGUCUAUGGAAACAAUGUGGAGAUUCAGGCUUUAUCUGAAAUGUAUAAUCGCCCCAUCCAUAUCUAUUCCUACAGUACAGAGCCUAUCAACAUUUUUCAUGGAAGCUACAAUACGGAUAUGCCACCCAUACGACUAAGUUAUCAUCACGGAAAUCAUUACAAUUCACUUGUUGAUCCACGUCGAUUAACCAUUGGUGCAGGCCUUGGAUUGAGCAGUCUACGAGGGGCUAAUAUUGAUAAGGAUCAGGUGAAGGAUGCUAUCAGAGCUCAACAAGACCAACAGAUUGAAAAUGCACUUAUAGCUGAAGGAAGGUUCUACUCUGAUCUUGAGCUUACUGAGAAGGAGAUAGAGCGCAUGGUGAUGGAAGCCUCUCGUGCUGAAUAUCUUGCUGAUGACCGAUUCAAGCAGCAGCUUGGCUAUAGAGAAUCUUCUUCUAGUGCUGAGCCAUCAUCUUCUGGGGCCAUGACAGGGCCGUCACGCAGUGAAUCCAAGCUGGAUGGUGCUAGGGAGAGAGGUCUGUCUGCUACUGUCUUGAAUAGCAGUAUGCAGAUGGUCCUGUCAAUGGGAUUUAGCUACUUGCAGGUGAUAGAGGCUUACAGCAUAUUUGGCGAUGAUGUUGAUUCAAUCAUUUGCUACCUACUUGAGACAGACAAUAGUAGCCGGCGCAAGGGGAAGGCGACCGAGUAGUAGCCACAGAAACAAAAUUGGGGGAGACUAUGAUGGCUUCAUUUGGAUAAAAAGAAGGGAAUGAAGACCCUUGUGGUGAUUUGGAAGCCCAAAACCCUUUGAACAGUGUAUGUUAAAGAAUUAUGAACAAUAAAAGUUAAUAGAUUUUCUAUUUAGUUUGUAGUUUCA